UGACUUUAGCUACGGAGGAUCUAUCUAUGGGGCUGAAGAAGAAUGACUCUUGAUGACUCGAUUUUCGGUGACUCCUCCUCCGCCCCGAUUGGGUCUAGUCUACACAGAGCGGGGCGAUUCGACGGGCCUUUUUGAUAAUCUUUUCUUGGGCUUCAAAUACUUCCCUCGUGAGCGGCAAUAUUGGCUUCUUCGUUGUGAAACAUCCCAGAAUCUAUAUUUCAAACUUCAGUUACUAUCGAUCAGCGAAGAAAACCGGGGGUUUAUCUUUAUCCUUUUCGUCCUUCUUCCCACGCCCGUUCCUCAUCCGAACUUUUCCCCUCAACUAUCGACGUCACCUGGCUUCGCAAAGCUUUCGCUUGCAGUCUCACACGAACGCUCUUAUAUUUCCAUCGUUCGCCUGGGUGUCCAGAUUGCCUACUCUCAAUCGCUAUUGAAACCGGGUUUCUAGAAAGCUACGGAAUUUUCGCACGAUGGCAGUCCGUGCCCAGUUUGAAAACUCCAACGAAGUCGGCGUCUUUGCCCGCCUGACAAACUCAUAUGCGAUUGUCGCCAUCGGCGCUUCAGAGAACUUCUACAGUGUAUUCGAGGCGGAACUCCAGGAUGUCAUUCCCAUCUGUCAUGCUACUAUUGCCGGCACCCGGAUCGUCGGUCGUCUAACAGCGGGUAACCGUAAAGGCCUUCUCGUCCCCACAACGACAACAGACCAGGAACUGCAACAUCUGCGGAAUACGCUGCCAGACGAUGUGAAGAUCCAACGGAUAGAGGAGCGGCUCUCGGCGCUGGGCAAUGUCAUCUGCUGCAAUGACCAUGUGGCACUGGUACAUCCGGAUCUUGAGCGGGAAACAGAGGAAAUAAUCGCAGACGUCCUCGGCGUCGAAGUCUUCCGGCAAACCAUCGCCGACAACGUGCUGACGGGCUCGUACAUGGCCCUCUCCAAUCAGGGCGGUAUCGUCCACCCCAAAACCUCCAUCCGUGACCAGGAUGAGCUCUCCUCUCUACUCCAGGUGCCCCUCGUCGCGGGCAGUGUCAACCGCGGCAGCCCCGUCGUCGGCGCCGGCAUGGUCGUCAACGACUGGCUGGCCGUCACCGGUCUCGACACCACCGCGACCGAGCUGAGCGUGGUCGAGUCUGUCUUCCGGCUAGGCGAGAUGGGCCCUCGUGGUCUGGGCGUUGGCAAUGCCAACAAGGAGAGUAUCGUGGAAAGUUUCUACUAA